AUGGGCAAGACCCAAGGACGAGGCGAGGAGGUGGCACGAGAAGCAGAAGCCCAUCAAGCGGAGGCCACCGCGUCAGCAAGAAGAGCAGCUAAAACCACAACCAUGACAAGGACUUUGAGGACGGGCGGAGGAGCAACUACCAGAAUCGAUCAGAAACAGUCAUCAAAAUUAGGAGAAGAUGGAGGAGGAGGAGGAGAAGUUGUAGGCGCAGGAGGAGGAGGAGGUCUGGCCUCGGCUCCGGCCCCGGCCCCGGCAGCCACUCUCGUAGGAGGAGUCACUGGCAGCUUGGUGCUGACACCUCAGCAGAUCAGCGGUGUGCCCGUCUACUACAACCUGCCGGAGGAGGAUGGUGGCAGGAAGACGGCGGCGGCGGGCACCUACAGCGGCCAGUUCGCGUACUUCUAUCCGCACGACGGCUCAGCGCCCAGUGUACUGCUGCUGGGCAAGGACUCCUACCUCAACGUGACCGAGCAACAGCAGGAGCAACACCAACUAGAACAGGAUCAUCAGAAGCAGCAAGGACAGCCCAAAAAGCCCAAGAAGCAACUUCAUCAGCCAAGGAAAUAA